UUUCUCCGUGAAGGGGCGGGGCAAAGGGGAACGCCUCGGAGGGAGUCGGAUCUGGGAUUGGGGGCAGAGGCGCAGGGAGGAAGUGGCGCAGCUCAGCCAUGGUUUACAUUUCGAACGGACAAGUGUUGGAUAACCGGAGCCGAGCUCCAUGGAGCUUCUCAUCUAUAACUGACUUCUUUUGGGGAAUAGCAGACUUUGUCGUUAUGUUUUUCCAGAGCAUUAUUCAUCCAGACCUGACGAGAGGGUCUACAUCUUCUUCUACUUCAAGAUACGCUGAUGGAAGAGGACCUCCAGGAUUACCUCGUCGAAGAAUGGGCCGAAUAAGUCAUUUUGGUGGUCCAAGCCCCCCACCAAUGGCCGGAGGUGGAUGAGGAAGGUAA